AUGCCCCUCCGCCCCCCCUUUCUCCUCCAUUUCCCUGCUGCGGGUGCAGCAGUGGGGGGGAGGGGAUCUGCAGCACCAGCCCCCCCCCGCCCCCUCUUCUCCUCCAUCCCUGGGGGGUGGCGGAUAGUGGAGCAGCAGUGGGGUGGGAGGGGAUCUGCAGCACCAGCCCCCCCCCCCCCCCCCCUUCUCCUCUCUCCCUCUGCUACGGUGCAGCAGUGGGGGGGAGGGGAUCUGCAGCACCAGCCCCCCAGCCCCCCCUUUCUCCUCCAUCCCUGGGGGGUGGCGGAUAGUGGAGCAGCAGUGGGGGGGGAGGGGAUCUGCAGCACCAGCCCCCCCACCCCCUUCUCUCUCCCUCUGCUGCGGGUGCAGCAGUAG